AUGGCUGACAUCCCGUCAAAGAGCGAGGCGACCGCCCACACCCUACGGAAAACCGUAGGCAGGGCCACCCCCUUGGCCUUCCGCGCCUCCAGGCUGGCCUCCCUCCUCUCUUCCAGGCUUUUCUCCGUGUCCAUCUCGAAGGCCAGCAAGGCUGCGGGGUCAAAGGGCAAGGCUGUGGGGACGGGUGGCAGGUCACACAGGCAGAAGUCUGGGUGUUUGGGGUGGGGUAGAUGGCCAGAUCCUCUGGAGGGGUGGGGGAGAGGGGGAGGGCGGCCCCUUCAUCCUCAGGGCCCACACCACGGAGGGCGUUAAGGAAGGCAGCCUUGGCUGUGAGAAAGGGGAGGAUGGACAUUAGCAUACGACAGCACAUAGGAACAGACACACACCUUAAUAGUGGAGGAUCACAUUUCUUUGGCACGUAAUUGAUCAAUUAAAUUGGCAUAUCAGUUAAUGUCAUUGACUGGCUGUUAGUUCCACACGGCUUAAUACCGAGGUAUUUAUCAGUCUCUGAUUAGAAGUCAAGGGCAAAAUCUGACAUUCACAGCCCAUGUGGACCGGUAAACGUGGACCUUUCUGCUUAAUCAUUUGGGGAUAAAACAAAAUUCAUAAAAUUAAACAGAAUAACAAUGUAUACUACAUAAUUGGUCAAAUUAAAGUAUUGUGUAAACAAACACACAAGCUUAGAUCCAACUAACUGUUUUACCUAGUCAGUUGCACAACUGAAUGCAUUCAACCAAAAUGUGUCUUCCGCAUUUAACCCAACCCUUCUGAAUCAGAAAUGUGCAGGGGGCUGUCUUAAUCAACGUCUAUGCCAUCAGCGUUCAGUUGUUGGGGGUUAACGGCAGAUUUUUCCACCUUGCCGGCUCAGGUUUCAAAAUAGCAACCUUUUGGUUAUUGGCCCAACGCUCUUAACCGCUAGUCUACCUGCCUUAACUUACACCUAGAUGAAAAGCCCUAAGGGCAGACCUUAAUAGGGAAAGCAAUCCCUAUUCCCAAUUAUCAAUAGCAGAUAUAUCCAGUGGCAACGCGUCAUUCAGAGCAGAACCCCACCUGUUUUUAGCCCCACCUUUUUAGCUUAAAAACGUUUAAAAGGUUUUGGGUUGUCUGUUUUGCAUGUUAUUUUGGCAUUAAUACGUGUCACAUAUCGGUUUGUAAAAAAACUAAAAUAAUCAUUGAGUUAAUAAAGCUGCAUACAAACUUGGUCUCUUUUUUGCUUUCUUGAGUAAGGCAGCUCCAAAAUGCAGGUGUUUCAGCCUAGCUCAAUGCUUUCUAUGGUGAUGGGGCAGCCAGUGGAAAAUAUGGAGCAUAGGGGUUGGUUAUGUUCUCUAGUUGCGCCGUGAUUGGCUCAGUGUUCUGUCACUCUGACUGGGAAAAUACGUUUUGAACGGUCAUCCAACUCGGAAUUGUAAGUCGGGAACUCGGGCUUCUUUCUAGAGCUCCAACCUGAAGAUCACUGACAUCAUCAUGAUUCAACAUUGUUUUUUUUCCAAGUUCCCAGUUGUCAUGAAAGCACCACAAAUCCAGAGAAUGCCAGACUUUGAUGACAGAAUUUGCCCACAAAGGACCGCUGCGCCACCUUCCUGUUCAAGUGUGCACAGCACAACAAGCUGAGUCCAAAAAUGUAUUGUAUGCUGCUGCAUAAAUUAUGUAAUAUACCAGGGAGAUAUACUGUAGCUAAGAAAGUAAUACUAAGUGUAUGUUGUGUAGUAAGCUGUUAGUGGCCCAUGUGCUUCACCCUAAUAAUUUAGUCCCUUUACCCCUCUUAAUUUUGCCUACUGUUCUGACUUGAAAGUGCACAUGUAGCCUAUAGCCUGUUUUAGAUAAAUGUAAUCAUUGAAUAUUGUAAGAGCUUUCAUUGUCUUCUUAUACAGUGGGGAAAAAAAGUAUUUAGUCAGCCACCAAUUGUGCAAGUUCUCCCACUUAAAAAUAUGAGAGAGGCCUGUAAUUUUCAUCAUAGGUACACGUCAACUAUGACAGACAAAUUGAUACAUUUUUUUCUCCAGAAAAUCACAUUGUAGGAUUUUUAAUGAAUUUAUUUGCAAAUUACGGUGGAAAAUAAGUAUUUGGUCACCUACAAACAAACAAGAUUUCUGGCUCUCACAGACCUGUAACUUCUUCUUUAAGAGGCUCCUCUGUCCUCCACUCGUUACCUGUAUUAAUGGCACCUGUUUGAACUUGUUAUCAGUAUAAAAGACACCUGUCCACAACCUCAAACAGUCACAUUCCAAACUCCAUUACGGAGACCAAGACCAAAGACCUGUCAAAGGACACCAGAAACAAAAUUGUAGACCUGCACCAGGCUGGGAAGACUGAAUCUGCAAUUGGUACAUUUACAUUUUAGCAGACGCUCUUAUCCAGAGCGACUUACAGUUAGUGAGUGCAUACAUUAUUUUUAUAAAAAUUUUUUAUACUGGCCCCCCGUGGGAAUCAAACCCACAACCCUGGCGUUGCAAACGCCAUGCUCUACCAACUGAGCUACAUCCCUGCCGGCCAUUCCCUCCCCUACCCUGGGCCAAUUGUGCGCCGUCCCAUGGGUCUCCCGGUCACGGCCGGCUACGACAGAGCCUGGAUUCGAACCAGGAUCUCUAGUGGCACAGCUAGCACUGUGAUGCAGUGCCUUAGACCACUGCGCCACUCGGGAGACAAGGUAAGCGGCUUGGUUUGAAGAAAUCAACUGUGGGAGCAAUUAUUAGGAAAUGGAAGACAUACAAGACCACUGCUAAUCUCCCUCGAUCUGGGGCUCCACGCAAGAUCUCACCCCGUGGGGUCAAAAUGAUCACAAGAACGGUGAGCAAAAAUCCCAGAACCACAUGGGGGGACCUAGUGAAUGACCUGCAGAGAGCUGGGACCAAAGUAACAAAGCCUACCAUCAGUAACACACUACGCCGCCAGGGACUCAAAUCCUGCAGUGCCAGACGUGUCCCCCUGCUUAAGCCAGUACAUGUCCAGGCCCGUCUGAAGUUUGCUAGAGUGCAUUUGGAUGAUCCAGAAGAGGAUUGGGAGAAUGUCAUAUGGUCAGAUGAAACCAAAAUAUAACUUUUUGGUAAAAACUCAACUCGUCGUGUUUGGAGGACAAAGAAUGCUGAGUUGCAUCCAAAGAACACCAUACCUACUGUGAAGCAUGGGGGUGGAAACAUCAUGCUUUGGGGCUGUUUUUCUGCAAAGGGACCAGGACGACUGAUCAGUGUAAAGGAAAGAAUGAAUGGGGCCAUGUAUCGUGAGAUUUUGAGUGAAAACCUCCUUCCAUCAGCAAGGGCAUUGAAGAUGAAACGUGGCUGGGUCUUUCAGCAUGACAAUGAUCCCAAACACACCGCCCGGGCAACGAAGGAGUGGCUUCGUAAGAAGCAUUUCAAGGUCCUGGAGUGGCCUAGCCAGUCUCCAGAUCUCAACCCCAUAGAAAAUCUUUGGAGGGAGUUGAAAGUCUGUGUUGUCCAGCGACAGCCCUAAAACAUCACUGCUCUAGAGGAGAUCUGCAUGGAGGAAUGGGCCAAAAUACCAGCAACAGUGUGUGAAAACCUUGUGAAGACUUACAGAAAACGUUUGACCUGUGUCAUUGCCAACAAAGGGUAUAUAACAAAGUAUUGAGAAACUUUUGUUAUUGACCAAAUACUUAUUUUCCACCAUAAUUUGCAAAUAAAUUCAUUAAGAAUCCUACAAUGUGAUUUUCUGGAUUUUUUUUCUCAUUUUGUCUGUCAUAGUUGACGUGUACCUAUGAUGAAAAUUACAGGCCUCUCUCAUCUUUUUAAAUGGGAGAACUUGCACAAUUGGUGGCUGACUAAAUACUUUUUUCCCCCACUGUAUGCCCCCUUUAUUUAUCUUACGGUUCUGACUUGGUGUACAGGGAGAAUACUAUUAGAAUGGCCCAUGUUCUGUCACUGUACAUUUCAAAAGUGCUGAACAAAUAGUUAUAUUGACUACAUCCGUCCUAACUCGAUCAUGAAUGUCUUAAUCAAAAUUACGGAUUGCCUCUUAUCCGCUCAUCAUCCCCAUAUGCCAUAGUUUGUAAAUCUCAAUUGUCAGUAGAAACCACAUUUGUUUAAGCAAGUCAGCCAUAUCAGCUAUGUAAAUGAGGCUGAAUGAACUGUUUCGCUGCCAGACAAGGCUCCGCUGAUAGCCAAGUGUAGCAGUGGGAAGGUGUUGGGACUGCUGUUGGGACUCUGCUGUUUGGACAGCUGUAUGUAGGCCCUAACAGUUUGUGGGCACCGUUAGAGUGCAAUUCAUGUAUUGUUUAGUGUUGUGUUGUGUAGUGGCAUGCAUUAAAAAAUCAACAUGCUAAAAUCGCCACUGGAUAUAUCCUCAAUACAAGCGAAGUGUGCUGACUGUCUACUAGAUCUAUUUACAGGCUCUGUACUGUGAGUGGAACAUUCUAAUCAUGUAGUCUCACCCUUAAUCCAGUAUGAGCACAUACUCACACACAUGACAGAGUACAUGAUGUUCAUACUGACAGUUUGUUUGAGUGGAAACAAUGGCAAAGGGACAAGUUUUCAUCUUAAUUUUCUUCUAGUCCAAACCUAAGGAAUCAUAUAUGUAUUUAUAGUGAGUUUGUCCAGUAGGUCUUUGAGAAUUCCUUGAUUGUGACAGGUUAGUUUCUCUUCUUCAACCUGUGACACUCAACAAAGGAAAUACAUUUUAUUUUCACAGUACUAAAACAAAGAAGUAGGGUAUAACUCUGUAUUAGAAUGUCUGUUUCACUUCUAUGAUAAUGCCUUAAUUUACUCUAACAAUACUUAGUCUGAUGUGAGUUUUCAACCAGGGCCUCAUGCCUGGAUAUCCAUGAACGUAGCAGUAGUAUAUAGCCUCGUUAUUGUUAUUUUAUUGUGUUUAUUUGCUAAAUAUUUUCUUAAGUCUUUCUUGAACUGCAUUGUUGGUUAAGGGCUUGUAACUAAGCAUUUCACGGUAAGGUCCUGUUGUAUUUGGCGCAUGUGACAAAUACAAUUUGAUUUGAUUUGAUUUGAUGAUACUCAGCAGAUUCCUACAGUACCAAAGAAAUAUCCACCAUCACACAAUCAGAUGUUCUGUGUGAAAGGCAGUUGGAUUGUCUCCAUUUUCUGCUACUGUAACCCAAAUCACACACCCUCUGUUGGAUUUGUGUUCAGAGGAAACCAUAUACAUCAGGGGUAUUCAACUCUUACCCUACGAGGUUCGGACUACUGUUGGUUUUCUGUUCUGCCUGAUUUAUUGCACCCACUGGUGUCCCAAAGUAGAGGAACUGGCUUUGAGGUCCAGAUUUGAAUUUGAGGGCGAUGCAUGUUCCAAUGUCAACAUAGAAUACAUGGUAAAUGAACUGAAAUAGUUGUAUAAAAGUUGUUUUUUUGUUUGUUUUUUAUUUUUGUGUAAAUUGUGCUUAACAUUAAUAUCAUCGGGAUAAAUACUGUUGGAAAAACAAAUCUGGAGACGGUAGGUUGAAAAUAAUUUAAUAAAUACACCAUUUACACAUUAUUUGAACAGAUUUUAGAGAACAUACAAAUGAAAAUACACUAAACCUUCCAAAGUGAGGUAGUGUGUCAAUAACAAAACAGUACAGAUUCAUACAUAAAUAGCAAAAUAUUCUCAUAGCACACACAACUUUUAAAAGCAUAAUUAGAUGUAUUUAUUGCAUAUUGCAGCAUUAUUCUGCACUAUAUGAGUAUUCUAUGUUCAGAAGUAUAAUGAUUACAAUGACACGUCCUACCCCUACCCCAUACCCCCAACACUUUGUCUGAAAGUGGAGGUGUCAAAUACAUUUAUAGAAUUAAAUCAUUUAAAAAAUAUGUUCCUGCAAUUUUAUGCUGUUUCUUCACAGGGGGAAUCAAUAUUUAUGAACAGAGCACAAACAUUUUUCUUAGGUUCUUAUUAAUUAUAUUGAACUAGAGUACUUGAAUGAAGAAAUUAUAUUUUUUUUUAACACAAGGGCAGAGAAAAAUGUGCACAUUUAUCUAAAUGCCAACAUUGCGCAACAAUGCCUAAUUUAUCAUAACCAUUACAGAUAACACAUCCUAAUUGCUAUAUUGCUCCAUAUACACUGAGUGCACAAAACAUUAAGAACACCUGCUUUUUUCAUGACAUAGGCUGACCAGGUGAAUCCAGGUGAAAGCUAUGAUCCCUUAUUGAUGUCACUUGUUAAAUCCACUUCAAUCAGUGUAGCUGAAGGGGAUGAGACAGGUUAAAGAAGGAUUUUGAAGCCUUGAGACAAUUAAUGGUGUAUGUGUGCCAUUCAGAGGGUAAAUGGGCAAGACAAAAUAUUUAAGGGCCUUUGAACGAGGUAUUGUACUAUGUGCAAGGUGCACCGGUUUGUGUCAAGAACUGCAACGCUGCUGGGUUUUUCACGCUCAACAGUUUCCCUUGUGUAUCAAGAAUGGUCCACCACCCAAAGGACAUCCAGCCAACUUGAGUCAACAUGGGCCAACAUCUCUGUGGAACGCUUUCGACACCUUGUGCAGUCCAUGCUCCAGAGUACAGGUCUCGGUGUAAUGCUCAUUCCUUUGACGAUAAACGCGAAUCCGACCAUCACCCCUGGUGAGACAAAACCGCGACUCGUCAGUGAAGAGCACUUUUUGCCAGUCCUGUCUGGUCCAGCGACGGUGGGUUUGUGCCCAUAGGCGACGUUGUUGCCGGUGAUGUCUGGUGAGGACCUGCCUUACAACAGGCCUACAAGCCCUCAGUCCAGCCUCUCUCACCCUAUUGCGGACAGUCUGAGCACUGAUGGAGGGAUUGUGCGUUCCUGGUGUAACUUGGGCAGUUGUUGUUGCCAUCCUGUACCUGUCCCACAGGUGUGAUGUUCGGAUGUACCGAUCCUGUGCAGGUGUUGUUACACGUGGUCUGCCACUGCAAGGAUGAUCAGCUGUCCGUCCUGUCUCCCUGUAGCGUUGUCUUAGGCAUCUCACAGUACGGACAUUGCAAUUUAUCGCCCUGGCUACAUCUGCAGUCCUCAUGCCUCCUUGCAGCAUGCCUAAGGCACGUUCACGCAGAUGGGCAUCUUUCUUUUGGUGUUUUUCAGAGUCAGUAGAAAGGCCUCUUUAGUGUCCUAAGUUUUCAUAACUGUGACCUUAAUUGCCUACCAUCUGUAAGCUGUUAGUGUCUUAACGACCGUUCCACAGGUGCAUGUUCAUUAAUUGUUUAUGGUUCAUUGAACAAGCAUGGGAAACAGUGUUUAAACCCUUUGCAAUGAAGAUCUGUGAAGUUAUUUGGAUUUGUACUAAUUAUCUUUGAAAGACAGGGUCCUGAAAAAGGGACGUUUCUUUUUUUGCUGAGUUUAGAAGCCUAUGGCUGUGCAAUCGUAUAUAGCCUUGUUCUGUUGAUUUAGCAGACAAGACACUCUUAUUUCCCAAGCCCUUAUCACAGUCAAGACACACCUAUUUUAUAGUAAAAAAACAUGAUGUACUAUAACAGAAUAAAAUAUAACCAAAUAUUUUCUGAAAAUGAAAAAAGUUGGCAGUGGGAAGUGAUGCUCAUCUCCAGUCUGGAACAGUUCUUCUCAAAGAGUGAUCAUUUGAAACAGGGCUCAAUAUAGCGAGUUGAAAGACUAUCUUUUCAGCGUUACAAACCCAAAUCUAUCUUCUUUUCAAUAAAUAGAUGAUUGAUUUAGAGCAUUCUGCCUGUUCUUUGGAAUUUUCUAAAUGGACAAUUCCACAUCGAUCACUGUAUGGUGAUGAAUUACGGCCACAACAUCUGUUUGGUACGUAGGCUUAAUGAUUCUGAUGAAAAUAUGCUCUUUGUCUUUAUUAAACUAAUGUUUUUGCAUGUUAUCAGUGUGGAACAUGUCUAUGUUUAGGGGGGUUAUAUCCUAACCAACUCUAAACUAGCAGUUUGCAAAGUAGCCUAAGCGGAAAAUAGACAAGACACAAUUAUUCCAAAACUGCAACCCAUUGUUGGAACACAUAUUUCCCUACUUCAAUCAACCAGUCCAUUUAGAAUUUGUGAUAAAACUGUCGUCGUUUUGCAAGGAAUUUAGCUUAGAUACGUUUUAUAGGCAUUUAUUUCUGUAGGCCUAAUGUGAGCUUGUGCAAGCACUCAGGACGCGUGUGUAGAGGGAGCGGUCAGAACGCAUUUGAGUGAGUGACACAGAGCGAAAAGGGAAUUUAGGGAGAAGAACUGUGUUAUUGGCUUGGUUAAUGUUUUGUUGUGCCCCGCAAAUGCACAUGUAGGCCUAUGAACACGAGAGUCAAAGCAAAUUAACUUUGCCUUCAAGACAAACAUUUUUUUAAUUUUCAAAGCACAUUCCACCAGAUAGUUGUACAACAAAAUAGACAAGCAAUUUUCUUUGCACGUGCCUUUCCAUUUUAAACACCAGUGGAGCAACUAGUGCUUUCUAAAAGCCAACUUCUGCUUGAUCUGAAAAUGUGGUCGGAGGCUUCAUAUGGAGGGUGUGACGCAAUUGUGGAACCCGGGGGCAUGCAGAGGCCAAAUCGAGCUCCAUACCGCAUUGCUGUGUGCCUCCCAAACAAUGCAGAGGGUGCCAUAUAGCUCCGCAUUGACAUGAUUGAUUGAUGGUAGUUGGGGAUGGGAGGUCCUUUAUAAACACAAACUCACUUCCUUGACAACAGCUCUGCACUGCUCAAAGAAGAGCAAUAAGGAUGAAUGCCCUGACUUCUGCAGAGACUGUAUCACUGUAAAUGCUGCACAGCCUAUGCAGACAACAGAUUGACCAUGAAGCGCCUUUAAAAGCCUAUUUUAGCUUGAUCUGGAAAUAUGGCGCCAUAUGGAUGGUGUGAAGCAAUUGCGGAGUCUCCGGAGGCAUGCAGAGGCCAAAGUGAGCUCCAUACCUCAUCGCCAUGCACCGCCACAAUUGUGUAACAAUGCCGGAGGUCUCCAUAUACCUCUGCAUUGACAUGAUUGGUGGACGGGAGGUCCAGUAUAAACACAAACUCACUUCCUUGACAACUUCCUUCACAACAGCUCUACAAGAAGUAUACAGUAAAUGCCCUGACUUCUGCAGAGGCCAUAUCGCAAUAGAUGCCAGAUUGACCAUGCAAAGCCUUUAAAUGCACUGAACCAAAACAGUGGCUGCCCUGAGCAACGUAGCAAACGCAGCAGCUGCAAAUGCACCCCUACUUUUUUUUUAAACCAGAAAGUAUCAUGAUCCAUUGGGAAUUUUGUUAUUUUCAAUUAUUAGUAAUGUUGACUACACCCCCUCCCCCGUCAUCUCAAGAUGAAUGGUUUUGCCCACUUGAAAGUUUUGCAAGUUUUGCUUCCCCCCUGCAAUGCCACCCCCCCCCCCCCCCCCCCCCCCCCCAGUAGAAAUGCAAAAUUAAAGGAACAGAGGAGAAAAACAGGAAAUGGUUUGACAUCUCUACCCCAUGGUGACAAAACAGAAACAUUCCAAAAGUAAAAUUACACUUCCUUAAAAACAUUACAAAAACAUUACCAAAACUUGCUUCUUUGUACAACUAGCAAAUAUUUGUAUUGAAAAUGUACAACCACCAGGCACAUACAGUACCAUCUGACACAGAGCUGUAAAAUAAAGCAUUUACCAAAACCAUUCAAAGCAGCAUUGUAGCUCGGAUUGAAUCCUGGCCUGAUUCUGAUACUGCAGUUGCAAUUAUUGGCAGGUUACAGUGGCUUGCGAAAGUAUUCACCCCCAUUGGUAUUUUUCCUAUUUUGUUGCCUUACAACCUGGAAUUAAAAUUGAUUUUUGGGGGGUUUGUAUCAUUUGAUUUACACAACAUGCCUACCACUUUGAAGAUGCAAAAUAUUUUUUUUGUGUGAAAAAAACAAGAAAUAAGACAAAAAAACAUGGAUGGUGUUCUCGGGGUGAUGAGAGGUGUUGGGUUUGCGCCAGACAUAGCGUUUUCCUUGAUGGCCAAAAAGCUCAAUUUUAGUCUCAACUGACCAGAGUACCUUCUUCCAUAUGUUUGGGGAGUGUCCCACAUGCCUUUUGGCGAACACCAAACGUGUUUGCUUAUUUUUUUCUUUAAGCAAUGGCUUUUUUCUGGCCACUCUUCAGUAAAGCCCAGCUCUGUGGAGUGUACGGCUUAAAGUGGUCCUAUGGACAGAUACUCCAAACUCCGCUGUGGAGCUUUGCAGCGCUUCAGGGUUAUUUUUGGUCUCUUUGUUGCCUCUCUGAUUAAUGCCCUCCUUGCCUGGUCCGUGAGUUUUGGUGGGCGGCCCUCUCUUGGCAGGUUUGUUGUGGUGCCAUAUUCUUUCUAUUUUUUAAUAAUGGAUUUAAUGGUGCUCCGUGGGAUGUUCAAAGUUUCUGAUAUUUUUUUUAUAACCCAACCCUGAUCUGUACUUCUCCACAACUUUGUCCCUGACCUGUUUGGAGAACUCCUUGGUCUUCAUGGUGCUGCUUGCUUGGUGGUGCACAUUGCUUAGUGGUGUUGCAGACUCUGGGUUCUUUCAGAACAGGUGUAUAUACACUGAGAUCAUGUGACAGAUCAUGUGACACUUAGAUUGCACACAGGUGGACUUUAUUUAACUAAUUAUGUGACUUCUGAAGGUAAUUGGUUGCACCAGAUCUUAUUUAGGGGCUUCAUAGCAAAGGGGGUGAAUACAUAUGCACACACCACUUUUCCGUUAUUAAUUUUUUAUAAUUUUUUGAAACAAGUUAUUUUUUUCAUUUCACUUCACCAAUUUUGACUAUUUUGUGUAUGUCCAUUACAUGAAAUCCAAAUAAAAAUCAAUUUAAAUUACAGGUUGUAAUGCAACAAAAUAGGAAAAACACCAAGGGGGAUGAAUACUUUUGCAAGGCACUGUAAAUGGUUAAACAUAUAUUUGUGUGAUGUAGAAGUGGCAUGAGGAUAACUGUUAAUAAAGUAAUGGAGAACUGUAAUUGGGGGGGUAUUUCUACCUUACUGUUUAGGAGAUGUGCUAAGAAUACAGAUUUCAAACUUGCCACAUUUCCUGUUGUUUUCUUCAUUUAUUUUAGCUUGGAAUCAAAGAAAGAUGGCUUUUCUGUAGAUGGAUAGCCUUGAGUAUUCAGCAAAUCAGUGGCUGCCACUGGUUGAAAGACGUUUAAAGGAUUAGUCACCAGAAAAUAUAUCACGAUAAUGUCCAUGUUGAGGCAUGAGGCCUGUUCUGAUCUGAACAUACUUUUUUCUAAUAACAGCAACACAUACUGUAUUUUAGGGAGUACAGUUCAAAUGUAAGUAUUUAGGAGAAGUCAAACCCCACCUAUAUCAAUAUUGAGAGUCAGCUUCCACCCUACAUCCCACUCUGUGUACUAUAUAUCCUGCGUAUGCGACUGUAUUGGAUGAUGGGGAGGCUCUUUUUUAGGGGUGUAGAGUGGAAGCUGUAAGGCUAACUAUCAGAUCUGGUUAAAGUAAAACACAUCAUGGGAAACUGAGCUGAAGACCAAGAAGGCAUAAUGGAUUUUACAGUAAUAUUGUUUUAGAGAAAUUGCAGUUAGAUCUCUGUAUAGUGGUCAAUUAUGUUGAUUUAUGACUACAUCAACAUUACAACUACACAACAUGACACUAUUACUGGUUUUGAAUAAGGUACAAAUUAGAAAUAAACUAUCUGAAUAUAAAAGCUAUGGGGAUUCCAGUGUUGGUUGAUGGGUAUGGAUUGAUGGAGUUUGAUGGGUUGGUUUGAUGGGUUGGUUUGAUGGGUUGGUUGAUUAUGGUCUAUGUACAGUAUAGUAUGGCUGGACGGUAUACUGUACAGAGGGACUUCCUGGAUCGCAGCACCAGGUUAGAGGGAGGAGUAACAGACUGGGGACAUGAAGUGACAGUUCACACCCAUCAGUCUCACACAGGACUCACAAUCAACAGGGAGAGCAUACAUAGAGAGAGGUAAUGUGCUGAUUCAGUCUUAUUCUCUGCAUGGCAAAAAACAACAACUGUUAAAGGACUUGGAGAAAAUGUGCAACUCUGGACAUUACUUGAAAUUGUUUAACAAAACUAGUAACUCCUUGGUAGAAACAAUUGGUAGUUUGUUUGUUACAAUGACUCUCCAUGACAACUUAGGUAAAAUGGUAUCUAAUUACUCUGCUACCAUGUGGUUUCUAAAUACAUUCCAGACAAUUAGGGUAAAAUAAAGCAUUACUAGAAGUUUGACAUCUUCUCUGAUGUAUUAAAUUAGUUGAAAAAAUGUGCUAAGAAGGUUGUAACAAUCAUAAACGUGUCAUGAAACGUUCAUGUCAGAUGUUAUGAAUGCCUACUUUAUUGACAACGUUUCGAGCGGAAACGGAUCUUUGUCAGGUCAAACAAACUGACUGCUCACUUCCCAAAAUAUACACAUUUCAUCUCAUAUGACCAAUACGCACAUGACUCAUUGUGGGCGUGGAAACAAUUCAAUUCACUUUUGUGCACAAUCAAUCAUAAUUAAUCACAGAGGUGCAUAUGGUCAUAAAGGAUUAUAUACAUUGUUAAGUUGCGUCAAUUCAAAUCUGGUAUAGGAACAAAAAGAGGUCAAUACACGUCUUCUAAAAUAGACCAGUAUUUUAAUUAAUGCAAAACACUUCAAUGGUAAAUAUGAUGUUCGUAUAUACGGGUCCACUGAAACACCACGCAGGGCAGUCAGAGAACUGAGCCAUUGUUAUAAGUUCUUCUUUAAAUACUCUGACAGAGAUAGUUCCUGCUCCAAGCAGGCCUAUCAGAGUAGAGACUGAGCGUGGUUUUAGACUUACUCAGCCUAUCGUUGGCGCACAGGCUGGUCCCAGCCCCUUGGUGCUUCACUGUUGCCAGGCAUUAGUUGUUAUCUCCACAACUUGUCUCGAGUCAGCAACCUCAGACAUAGUCUGUCCUUGAGCGGUUUAACAAAGAGGCAGUGUGUGUGUAUGUGAGACACAAGUCUUAUCUCAUCCUACCCCCUAACAGUUCCCCACAUUAAUCACAGCUUGUCAUAUUAAACAGUCUAUAUCAGUACAGUACAAACCUAUUAUGUUUAAUCAUGAAUGUAUUCUUUCUAAGCUAACAGCACAUCUAAAAUAUAAGAGAAUAAUUUCCCACAACAUUCAAAUGGGUUCAAGUUAAAACCUAGGCAACAGAAAAAAUUGAUUGUUGGAAACCGUUCGAAUACCCGCCCGUCUGACCAUUACACGCAGGAGGUGAGGUGGCCUUAGGUAUAAUUCCAGUGACCUAUUUCAAAAACAAGCUCUAAUAAUUUGAUGUCAAUGAGAUGGGCACAUGUAGUAGUUACAGAAUCUAAUAUAUAUGUACAAAAUGACCAAAUAUGAGACCUGGAAGGCAAGACAAAUCAAAGUGACAAACUCUUGGUUCAGACCUUUAGGAGACAUGGUGCACAAACGGUGAAUCCAAUACAAUUCUCUUCUCAAUAAUAUAUUAUCAGUAUCCCUCCCCCCUCUUAUGAGUCUUAACAUGUUCGAUACCAAUGUAUCUCAGAGCUAAUAUUGUGAGGAGCCUCCAUGAAAUGCGCAGCCACAGGGUUUCUCUGGUCAAGGUUCCUGAUAUAACUCCUGUGUUCUGCUAUUCUUGUUUUCAGAGCUCGUUUCGUUUUUCCUACAUAGCAUAGGCCACAAAUACAUUUCAAUCAGGUAUAUCACAUUUUUUGUGGAACAUGUAAUGAUCCCCUUGCCCGUGAUAGAGUAAUUGAACAUUGUGCAUUUGUUCGUAAAGUUACACUUGGUACAUCGACCACAUCUGUAAUUACCGUCCGGCACAUUGUUUAGGUAGGUGCUACGUGGUGGAAGAUCAGACCUUACCACCAUUUGACUGAUGUUGGGGGCGCGUCUGAAGACUACCCGCGUAAGUUCUUUAAAUGUCUUUUCCAGUUGUGGAUCAGUGCUCAAGAUGUGCCAGUGUUUUUUUAUGAUAUGGUCGAACUGUUUACCAAGUGGGGAGUACUGAGGGAAGCAUUGGAUGUGUUGGUCAGGAGGGCGGGGUGGUUUGGGCGUGAGGCUGUCAUCCUGAGUCAUAUUUUUAUAACAAUCCCUUGCGUCAUGCAGCCAUUCCUCUGGGUAAUCCCGCUGUCUGAAACGCUCAUCCAGACAGUCGGCUUGUUUGUUAUAGUCACUCUGUGUACUAUAUAUCCUGCGUAUGCGACUCUAUUUGCUGAUGGGGAGGCUAUUUUUUAGGGGUGUAGGGUGGAAGCUGUCUCCGCGUAACAGGGAAUUCCUGUCCGUCGGCUUCCUGUAUAGGUCCGUGCUAAAGCCCCCCCCCCCCCCCUCCCUCUUUAUCAAAAUGUCCAGAAAACUUGUUUCAUGCGCAUCAAAGGUGAGAGUGAAUUUCAAAUGUUCACUGCUUGUUUAACACUAUUUAUUAUGUUAUUAUAUACUCUCUCUGUGCUCCAGACCUGUGGACACAGACAAGGUGACCAGAGAGAGAGGUGAAAGAGGACAGACCCUGGUGUUGUGGUUGAUUCAUCGAGGCAGUGGAGGCAGGAUGUGGGUCCUUAUCUGCACAGCUCUACUAUUCUCUCUCACAGAGAGAGCAACAUGUCAAAGUAGGGUCCCUUUUAUAAUUAAAGUAUAUUGAAAUCAUUUGUAGUUGUAUAGAUGUGGUAGUCGUAGUGGUAACCCAUUUUAAUCUAAACUGAUUCUGUAUCAUCCUAAAUGUUACGGACAAGUGAAGUAGUAUCCAAGUGCUUUCUGAAUUACUCAUGACUGUAUUCAUUUCCCUCUUAGAUAAGGCCCAUCCAGCAGCAGCUCCAGCAGCUGCAAACACAUACAGCAUCACCUUUAGCCCAGAGAAAAUAACAGCACAGACUGGCCUAUGUGCUGUUAUUUCAUGUACUUUCACUCACCCUGCUAACGUCAAGCCUACCACAGCAAUAUGGUACAAAUGCCCUUCAAAUGGCAAAUGUGUUCAGCAUAGAAAGCUAAUUUUCCACUCCAAAGAUCCCUCUAAGGCUCAGGAGGGUUAUAAACAGAGAGUGUCUCUUCUGGAGACAGACCUGACAAAGGGGAACUGUAGUGUGAUCAUCAACGACAUAAGAGAAAAGGACACUGGAAUGUAUCAAUUCAGAAUGUUAGAAGGACCAUUUACAUACCCACGGAAAAUGAAAAUCACAGUGACAGGUACAGCAUGACUAUUACUGUCAGUUACAUUGACAUGACAAUUACUGUAGUUAAAUAUGGACACUGACUGUAACAUACAGCUACAUACAGUGCAUUCGGAAAGUGUUCAGACCCAUUAACUUUUUCCACAUUUUGUUACAUCACAUUCUUAUUCUAAAAAGGAUUCAAUAAAUAAAAAAUCCUCAUCAAUCCACACAAUACCCCAUAAUGACAAAGCGAAAACUGUUUUUUAGAAAUGCUUGCAAAUGUAUUAAGAAUUAAAAACAGAAAUACCUUAUUUACAUAAGUAUUAAGACCAUUUGCUAUGAGACUCGAAAUUGAGCUCAGGUGCAUCCUGUUUCCAUUGAUCAUGCUUGAGAUAUUUCCACAACUUUAUUGGAGUCCACCUGUGGUAAAUUCAAUUGAUUGGACAUGAUUUGGAAAGGCACACACCUGUCUAUAUAAGGUCCUAAAGUUGGCAGUGCAAGUCAGAGAGAAAUCAAGCCAUGAGGUUGAAGGAUUGUCCGUAGAGCUCCGAGACAGGAUUGUGUUGAGGCACAGAUCUGGGGAAGGGUACCAAAAAAUUUCUGCAGCAUUGAAGGUCCCCAAGAACACAACAACCCUAAGUACACAGCCAAGACAACACAGGAGUGGGGUCGGAGGAGAUGGCUGCCGUUUUACAGGCGCCUAACCAAUUUUGCUAUUUUGUGUGUUUUUUCACAUUAUUUGUAACUUAUUUUGUACAUAAUGUUUCUGCCACCGUCUCUUAUGACCGAAAAGAGCUUCUGGAUAUCAAGACAGCGAUUACUCACCUCGUACUGGACAUAAAAAAAUAUUUAACGAUUUUCUUCAGACAACCGACAAGGCCCAGAUCCCCGUCAUUCGCAUGAGAAAGAGACGGAGAUAUCGGGGACGUAGGUCGGGGUGCCUUGUAAGGAUCUGAUGGUGAGUGGGUAAUCUGCUUCUAACAUCAAUCCUAUCAGCCAAUUUACAAUCGUUGGAUAACAAAAUAGACGAACAACGAUCACGGAUAUCCUACCAACGGGACAUUAAAAAACGGUAAUAUCUUAUGUUUCACCGAGUCAUGUCUGAAUGACGACAUGGAUAACAUACAGCUGGCGGGAUAUACGCUGUAUUGGCAAGAUAGAACAGCUUCCUCCGGUAAGACAAGGGAUGGCGAUCUGUGUAUAUAUACUUUAUUUUUUAUUUAACCUUUAUUUAACCAGGUAAGACCCAUUGAGGUUAAAAACCUAUUUUGCGAGGGCGACCUGGCAAGAAGGCAAAACAGGGAAAUAGCAGCGUGUACAUCAAAUAUUACAGUAAAAUACAAAAUACACACAAAAGACAAAGUGUCACAAGUUACAGAUACAAUUGAAGAUUAGAAACAACUGCAGCUAUCACAAACAGUGUUGUCGAUCAGAUUCUUUAAAACAGGCAAGGACACUAACUCCCCUAAUUUUAAUAUCUUUUGAAGCAUGUUCCAGGAUUAAUAAAAUCAAAUCAAAUGUUAUUUGCCACAUGUGCCGAAUACAACAGGUGUAGACAUUACAGUGAAAUGCUUACUAACAAGCCCUUAACCAACAAUGAAGUUUUUCUCAAAGAAAAAAUUAAAAUAAUUUUUUUUUUUUUUAAAGCAAAUAGGGAGCAAUAAAGUAAAAUAACAGUAGGGAGGCUAUAUACAGGGGGUACCAGUACAGAAUCAAUGUGCGGGGGCACCGGCUAGUCGAGGUAAUUUAGGUAAUAUGUAUAUGUGGGUAGAGUUAAAGUGACUAUGCAUAAAUAAUCAACAGAGUAGCAGCAGCGUAAAGGAGGGGGAUGGGGUGGGGGGGGAGUGCAAAUAGUCUGGGUAGCCAUGAUUAGCUGUUCAGGAGUCUUAUGGCUUGGGGGUAGAAGCUGUUGAGAAGCCUUUUGGACCUAGACUUGGCGCUCCGGUACCGCUUGCCGCGCGGUAGCAGAGAGAACAGUCUAUGACUAGGGUGGCUGGAGUCUUUUUUUUAGGGCCUCCCUCUGACACCGCCUGGUAUAGAGGUCCUAGAUGGCAGGAAGCUUGGCCCCAGUGAUGUACUGGGCCGUAUGCACUACCCUCUGUAGUGCCUUGCGGUCAGAGGCCGAGCAGUUUCCAUACCAGGCAGUGAUGCAACCAGUCAGGAUGCUCUCGAUGGUGCAGCUGUAGAACUUUUUGAGGAUCUGAGGACCCAUGCCAAAUCUUUUCAGUCUCCUGAGGGGGAAUAGGCUUUGUCGUGUCCUCUUCAUGACUGUCUUGGUGUGUUUGGACCAUGAUAGAUUGUUGGUGAUGUGGACACCAAGGAACUUGAAGCUCUCAACCUAAUAAUAAACAAUAAUAAUAUGCCAUUUAGCAGACGCUUUUAUCCAAAGCGACUUACAGUCAUGCAUGCAUACAUUUUUGUGUAUGGGUGGUCCCGGGGAUCGAACCCACUACCUUGGCGUUACAAGCGCCAUGCUCUACCAGCUGAGCUACAGAGGACCACAACCUGUUCCACUACAGCCCUGUCGCUGCCCCAUGUUGAGGAUCAGCGUGGCAGAUGUGUUGUUACCUACCCUUACCACCUGGGGGUGGCCCGUCAGGAAGUCCAGGAUCCAGUUGCUGAGGGAGGUGUUUAGUCCCAGGAUCCUUAGCUUAGUAAUGAGCUUUGAGGGCACUAUGGUGUUGAACGCUGAGCUGUAGUCAAUGAAUAGCAUUCUCACGUAGGUGUUCCUCUCGUCCAGGUGGGAAAGGGCAGUGUGGAGUGCAAUAGAGAUUGCAUCAUCUGUGGAUCUGUUGGGGCGGUAUGCAAAUUGGAGUGGGUCUAGGGUUUCUGGGAUAAUGGUGUUGAUGUGAGCCAUGACCAGUCUUUCAAAGCACUUCAUGGCUACAGACAUGAGUGCUAUGGGUCGGUAGUCAUUUAGGCAGGUUAUCUUAGUGUCCUUGGGCACAGGGACUAUGGUGGUCUGCUUGAAAGAUGUUAGUAUUACAGACUCAGUCAGGGACAUGUUGAAAAUGUCAGUGAAGACACUUGCCAGUUGGUCAGCUCAUGCUCAGAGUACACGUCCUGGUAAUCUGUCUGGCUCUGCGGCCUUGUGAAUGUUGACCUGCUUAAAAGUCUUACUCACAUUGGCUACGGAGAGCGUGAUCACAUAGUCAUCCGGAACAGCUAAUGCUCUCAUGCAUGCCUCAGUGUUGCUUGCCUCGAAGCGAGCAUAGAAGUGAUUUAGCUCAUCUGGUAGGCUUGUGUCACUGGGCAGCUCGCGGCUGUGCUACCCUUUGUAGUCUGUAAUAGUUUUCAAGCCCUGCCACAUCCAACGAGCGUCAGAGCCGGUGUAGUCCGAUUCAAUCUUAGUCCUGUAUUGACUCUUUGUCUGUUUGAUGGUUUGUCGGAGGGCAUAGCGGGAUUUCUUAUAAGCGUCUGGGUUAGAGUCCCGCUCCUUGAAAGCGGCAGCUCUACCCUUUAGCUCAGUGCGGAUGUUGCCUCUAAUCCAUGGCUUCUGGUUGGGGUAUGUACGUACGUUCACUGUGGGGACGACGUCAUCGAUGCACUUAUUGAUGAAGCCUGUGACUGAUGUGGUGUACUCCUCAAUGCUAUCUGAAGAAUCCCGGAACACAUUCCAGUCUGUGCUAGCAAAACAGUCCUGUAGCUUAGCAUCUGCGUCAUCUGACAACUUUUUUAUUAACCAAGUCACUGGUGCUUCCUGCUUUAGUUUUUGCUUAUAAGCAGGAAUCAGGAGGAUAGAGUUAUGGUCAGAUUUUCCAAAUGGAGGGCGAGGGAGAGCUGCCCAGUGACACAAGCCUACCAGAUGAGCUAAAUUGAAGCAUACAUGAGAAUAUCAGCUGUUCUGCAUUGUUCCAACCCACCCCCUCUUUUACGCUGCAGCUACUCUCUGUUUAUUAUCUAUGCAUAGUCACUUUAACUCUACCUACAUGUACAUAUUACCUCAAUUACAUCGACUAAUCUGUGCCCCCGCACAUUUACUCUGUACCAGUACCCCCUGUAUAUAGCCUGGCUACUGUUAUUUUACUGCUGCUCUUUAAUUAUUUUUUUAUCUAUUUUUACUUAACACUUAUUUUUCUUAAAACUACAUUGUUGGUUAAGGGCUUGUAAGUACGCAUUUCACUGUAAGGUCUACACCUGUUGUAUUCGGCGCAUGUGACAAAUACAAUUUGAUUUGAUUUGACAAGUCUCUAAAUGUCCUUGAGUGGCCCAGCCAGAGUCCGGACUUGAACCCGAUCUAGCAUCUCUGGAGAGACCUGAAAAUAGCUGUGCAGCACUCCAUCACUCUCCUUCUUGGUCAAAUAACCCUUACACAGCCUGGAGGUGUGUUGGGUAAUUGACCUGUUGAAAAACAAAUGAUAGACCCACUAAGCCCAAACCAGAUGGUAUGGCAUAUCGCUGCAGAAUGCUGUGGUAGUCAUGCGAGUUAAGUGUGCCUUGAAUUCUAAAUUAAUCACAGACAGUGUCACCAGCAAAGCACCCCCACACAAUAACACCUCCUCCUCCAUGCUUUAAGGUGGGAACUACACAUGCGGAGAUCAUCUGUUCACCCACACUGCGUCUCACAAAGACACGGCGGUUGGAACCAAACACCUGCAAUUUGGACUCCAGACCAAAGGACAAAUUUCCACCGGUCUAAUGUCCAUUGCUCGUGAAAGCAGGUCUCUUAUUAUUGGUGUCCUUUAGUAGUGGUUUCUUUGCAGCAGUUCGACCAUGAAGUCCUGAUUCACGCAGUCCCCUCUGAACAGUUGAUUUUGAGAUGUGUCUGUGACUUGAACUCUGUGAAGCAUUUAUUAGGGCUGCAAUUUCUGAGGCUGGUAUCUCUAAUGAACUUAUCCUCUGCAGCAGAGGUAACUCUGGGUCUUUCAAUCCUGUGGCGGUCCUCAUGAGCGCCAGUUUCAUCAUUGCGCUUUAUGUUUUUGCGACUGCACUUGAAGAAACUUUCGAAGUUCUUGAAAUGUUCCGUAUUGACUGACCUUCAUGUCUUAAAGUAAUGAUGGACUGUUGUUUCACUUUGCUUAUUUGAGCUGUUCUUGCCAUAAUAUGAACGUGGUCUUUUACCAAAUAGGUAUACCCCCCCCCCCUACCUUGUCACAACACAACUGAUUGGCUCAAACGCAUUAAGAAGAAAAUAAAUUCCACAAAUUAACUUUUAACAAGGUACACCUGUUAAUUGAAAUGCAUUCCAGGUGACUACUUCAUGAAGUUGGUUGAGAGAAUGCCAAGAGUGUGCAAAGCUGUCAUCAAGGCAAAGGGUGGUUUUUUGAAGAAUCUCAAAUAUGAAAUAUAUUUUGAUUUGUUUAACACUUUUUUGGUUACUACGUGAUUCCAUAUGUGUUAUUUAAUAGUUGUGAUGUCUUCACUAUUAUUCUAAAAUGUAAAAAAUAGUAAAAAUAAAGAAAAACCCUUGAAUGAGUAGGUGUGUCCAAACUUUUGACUGGUACUGUACGAAAAUGUGAUAUUCGUUAUUAUUAUUCAUUUAUUUUUGCAAAAAUUUCCAAAAACCUGUUUUUGCUUAGUCAUUGUGUGUAGAUUGUUGAGGAGAGGGGAAAAAAAAACUAUUUAAUCCACUUUAGAAUAAGGCUGUAACGUAACAAAAUGUGGAAAAAGUCAAGGGGUCUGAAUACUUUCCAAAUGCACUGUACGUCCAAUUCACAAAUGCCAAGAUCCCCCUUCCCAAUUCUCCCUUUCCAAAGUCUGCUUUUUUCUAAACAAUGGUGGACUUUAUUUGGCAUUAUUUGUAGCAGUGAGACACUUUUUACAGGGGUAGCAUAGACAUGAUGCUGUCAAACUGUGUCUGAUUAUGUUUCUCUGAUGUAUGGUACACAGACACUCACUUCUGUGUUUUGUAUUUCCUGUGUCCAGUUCUGACCCAGAAGCCCUCAGUGUUGACUCCUCCUCUGACAGAGGGAGAACCAGCCACUCUGACCUGCACAGCCCCGGGGACCUGCUCUGGAACUCCUCCUAACAUCACAUGGACAUGGAGAGGGACAGGGGACAACAUCACUGAGCUCCGAGACAACAGCACCAUACAGGAGAAAGAGGACCUGACCAGCAUCACAACAUCCCACUUCUCAGAUUUGACCUUUACCCCCUCAACUAAGCAUCACGGCACCAAGGUCACAUGUCUGGUGACAUUCAAUGGCAGCGUCACCACUAAGAAGACACUGAAAUUGAAUGUGACAUGUAAGUACUGUUCGUUAUCUGACCUUCACGCUGUGCUUCAACAGUUCAAUUUCAUGAACAUAAUCUGUAUGCACUGUUCUUUGUUUUCUAGAUGUGAAGGAACCCAAGAUCUCUGGUUGUAACACAGUGAGAGAGGGUGAUACCCUGAAUCUGACCUGCAGUGUUGACAGCUACCCACCAUCAUCAUCUAACAUCACCUGGAGUAAGAAUGGGACAACCGCUUUGGAACAGAAUAGCUCUGGACUGGCCACUCUCACCAUCUCUAACAUGACAAGAGAGCAUGCUGGGGAGUAUGUGUGUACAGCUCAACACCACAACAGGACUCUGACAGCUUCCACUGUUGUCACUGUGAUGUGUGAGUACAAACAGCACUGUACAGACAUGAUUGAAAAUGGCUUGUGAUAUGUUGUUACCUUUAAAUUGCCUAUGAUUUAUCUUCCCUCUCUGUCUUUCACCAGACCGUCCCGUGAUUCUUGCUGGCUCUGGGUGUGUGGUCCAGGCAGAGGUCAUGACCUGUGUGUGUGUCACUCAGGGAGUUCCCUUACCCCUCAUAAGAUGGCUUGACACCAAUGAGUACAGUUUUACUACAUCAGUGUUGAUGUUCUUAGUGAACAGCACCAUCAGCCUGCCUGUCAGAAACCACACCAACACCACUGUGGAGUGUGUCAGCAGAAAUGAAGUGGGCAGAGUGAGAGAGAAGCUGCAAGUCACCCAAAAAGAAAAACAAGAAAAGCAAGGAGGUAAAGAUAUAAAUUAAGAUACUUUGUUAGAGAGCCACAGCUUCCCAGUCCCACCCAAUAUGAAUGCAACAUAGAGGAUUUACAUGCUUUGAUUGAGAAAAUAUUUAUUUUUUUCUUCAGAGGAUACAAAGUACUGUGAGCCACUUCUAAAAGCAUACAUGUGUUGUUCUCUUUAUAGAGGGAGUAUUUAAAGACAUCCUGGCUAUGCUGUCGGACCUAAAACUGAUUACUGCAUUUGUGAUUGGUGCAGCCUUCUCAGCCACCAUCUGUUGUAUCUUCCUGUGUUUGACAGGGAAAUGUAAAAGGUACAUGCAUUCUAUUACUGAAGUACAGUUAGUGUUAACUGAAUAUGUUGUUUUAAAAAUCAAUUGUAGAUUGUCUUACUGAUGUAUUUAUAUUUAUUAUCAAUAACUUCAGAUUUAUUUUCAAAAGUACCAAAUACCUUACACCAUAUUGUAAUGGAAGUGCUUGCUAACCCCUCCAAAAUACAGUUAUUGAGACAUUUCAUUUGUAAUAUUUUCCUUAGACGCAAAGAGAGGAUCCCAAAGGACUCAGACUCCAAAAGCCCUUUCAUGAACCUGGAGAUGGUGGCAUGUGAAGACCAACAGGUGCAGUACCAGUUUCUUUCUUUAUUCAGCUUUACCAACAUUCAGUUAGCAUUGACAUGCCAAUAGGAGUUGAUAAGACAGCAUAAACAGAUCUGGGACCACCAAGCUAACAAAAGACUCAUAACACUGUGCUUUCUGUAAUGUACUCCAUAGACGGAUACAGGACAGGCUGUGGGGGGCGAGCAGACCCCUCUGCAGGUGGAGCUGAGGGAGGGAGCUGAAAAUGGAGGGCCCCAGACCAGUGGAGAGGCGGGAAAAUCUGCCACAAGGGAAGAACCAGAUGAAGUGGAUUACGCCAGUAUCAACUACUCCCUGCUGAAGAAGAAGACUCCUGAGGAGGCAGCGAAGAAGAACACCACCACAGAGUCAGAGUACGCCGAAAUCAAACAAGAGAAGAAGAAUGAGGGGCAAGAAGAUGGUGGAGAGGGGAGUGGAGUGAUGGAGGAGGAGGAGGAGGAGAUAGAAGGGGAGGAAGGGGAGGAGAUGAUGGGAAGGAUGAGUAGCAAGAGGACG